GAGAGCGAGCUAAUAUGCCCUGCCGAGAGGAGCCGCCUCCCCUCCCCGCCGACUAAGUAGCCCUUAAAGGCUACGCAACUUUCGACGCCGCUUCCCCCCCAGCCCUUCAGAGAAGGCUUCCUGAGGGGAGCGAAGAACUCCGGGCUCUUUCCACACACUUCCGCGCCAGGGAAAGGAGGCGGCGGCGGCGGGCUGAGGAGGAAGAAGCAGCCACCUGCUUUCCUACUGGAGCUGCCUGGAAAAGGGCUUGGGGGGGGCACAGCGGAGGACUCCCCCCACCGCCUCGUCCACGAGAGCAGCGCGCGCUUUCCCCCGCCGCCAGUCCCUCGGUCCGCUCUGUGGCGGGAGCCCCGCUCGCUCCUUCGCUUCGCCCGCCGCGCAGUUUGGAGGCGCCCUCCGUCAGCUCUCUCCUCGCUGAGGGCGCCGCCGCCGCCGCCGCCGUCUUCCCCGGUCUACCUCUGGACCUGCCUUGCGUAUGCGCUUAUUUGUGCCGUUCUUCUUUGGAAGCCCCUUCCUUCGCCGCUUCCCCUCGGAGAUUCCCUCCUCCGUGAGGCGCCUCGGAGGCGAGCGGAGCGGGGAAAGAGGCGCCUGGCUCCAGCCUCGCCGGCGCUGCCGCGCGCCCCUCUUCGUCUCCCUCCGCGGCGGCGGCGGCGGCCUCGGCGGCAGCAGCAGCAGCAUGUCGAACUCGGGUCGGAAGGACUUUGACGUGAAGCACAUUUUGCGCCUCCGCUGGAAACUGUUCAGCCACCCGGCGGCCCCGGCCGGCGGCUGCUUGCAGCAGGACAGCAGCUUCGAGCACUGGGGGCCGAGCCAGAGCCGCCUGCUGAAGAGCCAGGAGAGGAGCAGCGGCGCCUUCUGGAAGAAAGCUGCCUCUUCGUCGUCCUCCUCGCCGCCGCCGCCGCCGCCGCCUUGCGCUGCCUCCCCGCCGCCCCUCAACGGGACUUUGCUGCCCGCCACGCGGCUCCAUGGACUGGCCGAGCAGCAGCAGCAGCGGCGCCAGCCGGCCCCGCGCACCGCUUUCUACGUGGAGUCCCUGGAGGAGGCGCCCGGCGGCCGAGGCGCGCCGGGGGAGUUUACGCGCGAGCGGGAGAAGACGCUGGUGCUGCGCGAGGUCAAGGAAGAGCCGGCGCCCUUCCUGGAGGGCGGAGGCCAGGCAACAGGUGAAGGGGCCGCGCACAGGUUGUCAGCAGUCAGCCAUUCCUUGACACCUCCAUGUGACAUGGACCCAAGUAGUUCUGAGGAGUUCUAUCAAGCUGUACACCAUGCUGAACAAACCUUCAGGAAGAUGGAAAGCUACCUGAAGCAACAACAACUAUGUGAUGUUAUCCUGAUUGCUGGGAACCGUAAGAUACCUGCACAUAGACUUGUGCUCAGUUCUGUUUCUGAUUACUUUGCUGCCAUGUUUACAAGUGAUGUUUGUGAAGCCAAGCAAGAGGAGAUCAAAAUGGAAGGCAUUGACCCAAGUGCACUCUGGGAUCUUGUUCAGUUUGCAUACACAGGUUGCUUGGAACUUAAGGAAGAUACCAUUGAAAACCUCCUGGCAGCUGCGUGUCUCCUUCAGCUCCCUCAAGUAGUUGAAGUGUGCUGUCAUUUUCUCAUGAAGCUUUUACAUCCAUCUAACUGUUUGGGAAUCCGGGCAUUUGCAGAUGCUCAAGGAUGCACAGAGCUGAUGAAAGUGGCUCACAGCUAUACCAUGGAAAACAUAAUGGAAGUUAUAAGAAAUCAAGAGUUUUUAUUGUUGCCAGCAGAGGAACUUCAUAAACUUCUUGCAAGUGAUGAUGUGAAUGUUCCCGAUGAAGAGACCAUUUUCAAUGCCUUAAUGAAGUGGGUUAAGUAUGACAUGCAAAGGAGAUGUAAUGACCUGAGUAUGUUACUUGCCUACAUCCGAUUACCACUUCUUCCACCACAGAUUUUAGCUGACCUAGAAAACCACGCACUUUUUAAAGAUGACCUGGAAUGUCAGAAGCUGAUUCUGGAAGCCAUGAAAUACCAUCUCUUGCCAGAAAGACGGACUCUUAUGCAAAGCCCAAGAACUAAACCAAGAAAAUCCACUGUUGGGACCCUGUAUGCAGUUGGAGGAAUGGACAACAACAAAGCAGGUGCUACAACCAUAGAGAAGUAUGAUCUCAGGACAAAUAUAUGGAUCCAAGCUGGAGUGAUGAACGGCAGAAGGCUGCAGUUUGGUGUAGCUGUCAUUGAUGACAAACUCUUUGUUAUUGGAGGCCGAGAUGGUUUAAAGACGUUAAACACAGUCGAAUGUUACAAUCCAAAGACAAAAGCAUGGACUGUUUUGCCUCCAAUGUCAACCCAUAGGCAUGGCUUAGGAGUUACUGUUCUCGAAGGGCCAAUUUAUGCAGUUGGAGGCCAUGAUGGUUGGAGCUAUCUGAACACAGUCGAGAGGUGGGACCCCCAAAGUCAGCAGUGGACUUUUGUAGCCAGCAUGUCUAUUGCCAGAAGCACAGUCGGUGUGGCAGCAUUAAAUGGCAAGUUAUAUUCAGUUGGCGGUCGAGAUGGAAGUUCUUGUUUGAGUUCUAUGGAGUAUUAUGAUCCCCACACAAACAAAUGGAACAUGUGUGCUCCAAUGUGUAAAAGGAGAGGAGGCGUUGGGGUGGCUACCUGUGACGGUUUCCUCUAUGCAGUCGGAGGCCAUGAUGCUCCUGCCUCUAACCACUGCUCCAGACUCCUGGACUAUGUUGAAAGGUAUGACCCCAAAACUGAUACUUGGACAAUGGUAGCUCCACUGAGCAUGCCCCGUGAUGCUGUUGGAGUGUGUAUCCUCGGUGAUAAAUUGUAUGCAGUAGGUGGAUAUGACGGGCAGACAUACCUGAACACCAUGGAGUCAUACGACCCCCAAACUAAUGAAUGGACACAGGUAAUGGCAUCUCUGAACAUCGGAAGAGCUGGGGCCUGUGUUGUAGUCAUAAAGCAGCCAUGAUUUUUGUCAGCGGUGGAUUUUAUUGACUUCUAGGUGGAUUUUUCUGUCAGAGAAACAAGAAACAAAACUUUGUUGAGCAUAAGGAUCAAUAGAUACACUCGGCACUCUGUUGACCACAACUUGAAGAAGUUUAAAAUGGGGAGGAAAAAUAAUGAGGAUUUGAUGCCUUUUCCAGUCAUUACACACUGCUCAGUGGCUGAACAAGGAAAAAUCGACCAGCUGUUGUAAGAGCCCCUCUAUGAACACAAAAGGGGCAAAUUCAGAUACUCCUCUACAGGCUGUGUAAUGCAGACGUAGCAAACUAGCCAUGCCCAAGACCAACUCUUCAAAAGGACUGGAGCAGCUUAAUGAAUGGUUUUCAUAGCACUAGACAUUUUAACUCUGAAACCGUCAUAGCACACUGUCACUUUUUAAACCAUAGUUUUAUUAAAAGAAAAUGUAGGUAACUGAUUUAUUUUUCUGUCUCUCGUUCUCUCUCAAGGCCUUAUCUUGAAAUGGUUUACGCUCUCUGCCAUGUACUCAGACAAUAGACAGGGGAGAAUAAUGUUUCCUCCUAAAGUAAUGAAUGAAGGUUGGAAAGGUUUAGCUUCUUUCUUCAUCAGAAAUGAUUCAACACUAACAACACAUUGUUUCUCUGAUAACGGACUGUCCCUCCCACUAGAAUUAUGCAUCAUCUCUGAGAUGCACUGAUGCUAUGUUCUGUGUUUGGGAAACAUCUCGACACUGAGGGAAGACUGAGCCUUUUGACCCAAUGGGACUUUGCUACAAAAAAAGGAGAUCCAAAGGAACACUUUCACAAAUCUACCUUAACUUCUUAUGAAAGCAUGUGAAUUCUUGUCUCUUUCAAUGCUUUUACACGUUUCCUGCAUGUGAGAAGCUUGUGGAAGACAGGCAAACGGCAGCUCAUCACAUCAUGUAAAGAUAACAUGCAGCAAUUCUAAGGCAAUUCCAUUGGGGCCUAGAAGUGCAGUAAGAGAGACAAAAAUGUUAUAAUGCUUAUAUGUGUUUCUUGAUCCCAUCAUUGUUCGAAUCAAACUCGGUUUAAUUUUAAUUACCGUAAGGAUCAUCCAUUUAUUGUUGUGAGUUACUGAAACUAAGGGAUGAACUGGUCAUUACGUGGCAGAAGACUAACAAUCUUCUGACAUGUUUUAAAAAUUUGAAAUCAUCCAAAAGAAGCUGCCAGUUUGAGUGGAAAUAUAGCAGGGAAGGAACUGCUUAACCUUUUUCAGCUAGACAUUUUUCCUGUUAAAAUUCCUACUGCCAGGUUGCCUUUCCAACCAGAGUAAAUAUAUAUAUAUAUAUAUUAUUCCAUAAGCAAAAGAGCAGCAGGGAGGAGAUUUUGAGUAGCAAAAUAGCCAGGAGAGAAAGGUUUAUGUAGCCCAUUCCUCACUUCAAACUGGGAGAGAUUUCCUCAAUUCUUUUCCUUUUCUUAAAAAAAAACAAAAAAAAAAACCCAUAGACACAACCACAUUGGAAGACUGCUACAUAAGUCUGCUAUGUAAUACCUAGUUUGUCCCUAAGGGAUAAUGCAUCAGUGUGUACAAAGACAAAAACAUUGCAAAUCAGGUUGUUUUGGCAUAAUGUGUCUCAAUAGCAGAGCACAUGCUUUGCAUGUAUGAAACCCCCGCAAAAGAUGUCCAAACUACAUGGAUCACCUUGCCUUUGCAAAGUUCUGCCUUGUCUACGAAUGAGCUGCAUAAGUCAUAUUGUUGUGGUUACUAAAUGCCCUCAGACUUUACAUGAACGUCACUGUUGGCUGUAUUAUGUCAUAAGCAUGAUUGAACUCGUAUCAAGGCACCAAAAUGAGUCUGGUUUCAAUAGUAGGUGUAGGAGAGUCUAAUUACAUGAAUGACCUCAACUGUAGCAGGGAUAAAGCUUUGUGUGGAGCUCUGAUGGGUGCUGCUCCUUGAGCAAGUUUGGGAAUAGGGGUGGGGGAAAUGUGAGGUUUUCCCAUUCAGACCCAUUUGCUAGCUAAAUAAAAUAUCUGUGUCCCAAUGA